CAUUUUGAAAGCACCUCGUAUUCCCCAAAGUGCAUGUAGAAAAAGGGUGCACCUCUACUAUACUAGAGACUAUACCAAACAAGAUCUUCUAAAUUACGUAACAGCCGGAGCCACACUUCAGUUUGCAACGUCCAAGAAUCGCAAAUUUCCCUCACCAUAUCAAGUCCAGCAUGAGUCCCAAUUUGAAAGGUGCCGUCUGUCUUGUGACGGGUGCCUCUCGCGGGAUUGGUCGGGGCAUCGCUCUUCAAUUGGGUGAGGCCGGGGCUCUUGUCUACAUCACGGGUCGUAGUCAAGGUGACCUGGAGACAUGUGGCUCGGAAAUUAAAGCCCGUGGCGGAGAGGCCCAGACGGUGGUCAUGGAUCAUGGGAAUGAUGCCGAAGUGGAGCAACUCUUUGAGCGUAUCCAACGAGAGCAAAAUGGCAAAUUGGAUGUUUUGGUCAAUAACGCCUAUGCAGGCGUCAACACCAUCUUUACCAACAUGGGCAAACCCUUUUGGGAGACGGCCACGCCUGAGGUGUGGGAUUCCAUCAAUGGGGUGGGUCUGCGCGGUCAUUACAUCUGCACUGUUCACGCCUCCAGGAUGAUGGUCCCGCGGAAAUCCGGCCUCAUUAUCAACGUGUCUUCGGGUGGGGGCCUGAUCUAUCUCUUCAAUGUGGCAUAUGGUAUCGGCAAGGCCGGUUGCGACCGCAUGGCCGCUGAUUGUGCCCAUGAACUCAGGAAAUCCAAUGUGGCCAUGGUGUCCCUGUGGCCCGGACCCGUGAAGACCGAGAUGAUUCAAGCCAACGUGUUGGAUAACCCGAACUCGCCUAGCAAAUCCAAGGCCACUUUCGAGGAUGGCGAAUCAUUGGAGUUCUCGGGGAAGGCCGUGGCUCAUUUGGCUGGUGAUGAUAAGAUCAUGUCCAAGACGGGGCGAAUCUUGCUGUCGGCGGAUCUGGCUCGAGAAUAUGGUUUCACAGAUGAGGAUGGUCUGAUUCAUGGCGACAUGAAAGUCAUUAAAAAUCACUUAGUCCAUGCUGGAUGGUCAACGUUGGCUAGUUUCACACCGUCCUUUUUAAGAGUGCCGAAUUGGUUGCUGUACUAUGCGGGCUACAAAUUUUAAAAUGUAGAAUAUGGGGUAGGGACUAAUGGGAAUUGAAAUUGAUCAAUUGCAAAUGGAAGACUUCAAAGUUUGACUCUUUUUUUCAUGGAUGGUUUGAAAUAUUUUUAGAGUAUGCUAAUAUCUUUUGUAAACUACAGAUUCGACUCAUUUAAAAUCCCCAAGAUAAGAACGAUAAUAAAGAUGACAAUAACAAAGA